AUGAAAGAUAUGACCGUGGCUACAGAACUGGACGAGGCUUGGAUUCUUCGAGGCUUUCUUGGGCAGGACGAGGUAUUCCUGGGCUGUCUCCGAAACAUGGUGUGGAAUAUGGUCGUUUGGUCAGCAAUGUUCCUUGGAACUGCAGGAACUAACGGAAUAAUCAAACAAUCGCCAGAACAACUCACGGUUACCGAAGGAGGCACGGCGCAGCUGAGUUGUAGUUACAUCAAUAAAAUAAACGAUGCAAAGAAGCUGGUCGGAGCCAUUACCUGGUACAAAGACGAGGAAUACCGUAUUGUUUCCAACAAGUCCAGCGGGUUUCAUGGUCGGGUGAGGACCAGCAGUGCAGCGCGCAUUCUAAGCCAAUCUAUACAAAUUGUCAACGUCAGAAUGAACGAUACAGGAAAGUAUUACUGCAGAGUAGUCCUUUUUGGGCAGGAAGAUCAUUUUGGAAAAGGGGCACAAGUUACAGUCACACCUAGGAACCCAACGGGAUUUGGAAGGAGCUUGCGUUGGCAGUUAAUUGAAAUGGGAGUGAAACUUGCAGUGUUUGCUUUGAUCAACACUGUAACAGUUUUCGGCAUCCGCACCUGGGGGACAUAUAGAGCUCUCAUUGCAACAAAUCGAGCUAACAGGCGCUGGUCCCGCGGUUCGGUCCGGUUUGCCUUGCUCGCGCUGUCCGACUGUCUAUCCCGUUUUGACCUCGUCGUCCUGUGUUGCGCUGGUCGCCCUGUCUUCCCUGUCAUGUUUGUUCUGCUGGCGCCGUUCGCCCGGUCUUCGUUUCCGUUCGCCCCGGCUUGA